AUGAAAGGAGAGCAGCAAAGGCCUGCAUGGACUUGUCUCAUGUUUAACGAUGCAGCAAGACCUAAAGCCUACUUCACAAUAUGGAUUUUGAUGAAUCAAAAGCUAGCAACAGUUGAUAGACUCACUCAAUGGGGAGUUGUAGUAGAUAAGAUAUGUGUGUUAAGCAAGAAUGCUGAAGAGAGUAUAGAGCAUUUGUUUUUACAAUGCCAAUUUGCCAGGAAGUUGUGGGAGAGGCUGCUAGGAUGGAUAGAUCAACAAAUUGUUGUUCCAAUGGCAUGGGAACAGUUUCUGCAGUGGUGUAUUCAACAUGGAAAAGAGAAGAGCUCAGCAGCACAACUGUUCAAGACUGUAAUGACUGAAGGUGUAUGGCUUGUGGAUUAA